AUGGUUUCUGAACAGCCUAAUAAGCUCCGCAAAGUUGACGGCAAGGGAUUCCGAGUCCGCCAGGUGUACCAGGAUGCAGCACAGAAGUCUGCAUACGAAAAGCUGGGAGGAGAUAAGAACGCCGAGAACUUGACGGACAUACCCCUGAAUAAAACCAUAAAAGAAGAGGAAGACGAUGCAGUGUACAGCAUAGACGGCCCUGUUCGAAGGCUGAGGCCAUACUACUUUACUUACAUGACCCACUGCAAGCAGCGAUGGAUAGAUCGAAAUAUUCUGGACGUGUUUGCACACGAAUUUCGGUUGCAUCCGAAAAGCUAUUAUCAAAAUGCAUUAGAGAAGGGCAGAGUGACAAUCAAUGAAAAAGUUGCCAAUACAGAUACAAUAUUGAAAAACGGAGAUUUGAUCUCGCACAGAAUGCAUCGCCACGAGCCUCCAGUGACCUCAAGACCCGUGAAAAUUGUCCACGAGGAUGAUGAAUUGGUGGUGAUCGACAAGCCUUCUGGAAUACCUGUCCAUCCUACAGGACGGUAUCGUCAUAACACCGUUACUUUUAUUCUCGAGAGGGAAAUGGGUAUCAAGGCUCAUCCAUGUAAUAGAUUAGACAGACUGACGAGCGGGCUGAUGUUUUUAGGCAAGACUGCUGCUGGGGCAGAGAAAAUGGUCAAACAGAUGCGCGAACGAGAAGUUUCCAAAGAAUAUAUUGCCAAGGUAGUUGGCGAAUUUCCUGCACACCAGGAAAUUGUCUGCGGGCAACCUCUCAGAACAGUGGACCCUAGAAUCGCAUUCAACAUUGUUGAUCGUGAAAAUGGAAAAGAAGCCAAAACGGUGUUCAAAAGACUCUCGUACGACGGAACCACAAGCUUGGUGAUCUGCAAGCCGCUAACUGGGCGCACGCACCAGAUUAGAGUUCAUCUACAAUAUCUUGGACACCCCAUAGUCAAUGAUCCGUUAUACUCUUCUCCCAAGAUUUGGGGGCCGAGCUUGGGAAAAGGGGCCGAUUUUGACAUAGAUGCCAUUGCGGAAAAAUUAUCCAAAAUCGGCAAAACCGAGCCUGCUACCAGCUGGCUACACCCUAAUGAUGACGGAGAAAUACAGUCCACUGGCCAGUUCUGCAGUGAUUGCGGUGGCGAGCUGUACUCCGACCCUGGCCCGAACGACCUGGACCUCUACCUGCAUGCUUAUAAAUACAGCUCAUCACAAGAGAAUGGGUGGUCUUACCAAACAGAGCUUCCGGAAUGGGCCGUUGAGACACAGAAAAAAUACAUGGCUCUUGCCUUGGAGCAGGCAGAGAAAUGCCCGCAGAUCGAUAGCGCAUUCCGCGUGGGAGCAGUUAUAACCUGUGGCGGGCAGGUAAUCUCCACCGGCCACACGAGAGAGUUAGAAGGUAAUACACAUGCAGAACAGUGUGCCAUGGAAAAGUAUUUCGAAAAAGCAGGUUCUCGAACUUUGCCGUCGGGCUGUGAGAUCUACACCACGAUGGAGCCGUGCAGCGAGCGCUUGAGCGGUAAUAAGCCCUGUUUGGAACGGAUUCUCGAUCACAAAGACUCUUUCACGACCUGCUACGUCGGAGUUAUGGAGCCAAAUACUUUUAUCUCCGUUAAUGUUUCUCGCAAGAAACUGCAGGAGGCAGGCAUAUCGUACAUCCAGGUGCCCGGGUUUGCCGAAAAGAGUCUAGAGGUUGCAAAGCGGGGCCAUAAGGAGACUAAACAGUGUAUGUAG